AUGAUUCAAGAAUUUUCUAAAGUAAUUCCAGUAAAUGAACAAAGAUUAUCAACAAAUGGUAAAUGGCAAAAUGAUCCUUUUUACCCCAAAAAAUUGUUAUCAUUUACUAUAAAUGAAGCUAAAAAUGCCAUUGAACCAAGUUCCAAAACAAUGUUUGAUAAUUUAAACACUUUGAUUGAAAAAAAAGGGUUUACUGCACUUUCAAAUAAUGAAUAUACUUCAUUAAUUGAUGAAAGUGCAUCUUUUACAAUAACUCGUAAAGGAUUAUUUUGGAAAAUUUUUGCCAUUAAUCAUAAUAUUUAUAGUAAAUCAAAUAAUAUUAAUAUUAUUACAUUAUUAGAAGAUAUAUCUUAA